GGCGGCCCGAGCGGAACGGAGCGGGGGCGCGAUGGGGGCGGCGGCGGCGCGGCCGCAGUGAGUGAGCCCGGCGGGCAGCACAGCAGCGGGGCCGAUGGCGUUCAGCGCCUGGCAGAUCCUCUCGCCGGUGCAGUGGGCCCGCUGGACCUGGUCGGCGGUGCGGGGCGGCGGCAGCCCCGAGGAGGGGGACGGUGCUGCCGAGGAGGAUGAUGAUGAGGAGGAUCGGGACCCGCCGGCGGGGGGUUCGGCCCUCGGCUUCAGCUCGGACUCCACUGAUAAUUUUGAGACCCCUGAAGCAGAAACACCAGCCUGCUCGCCACUCAAGGAGUUCUGCGAGCCCCCGGGAUUGCCGGAGUCUGAGGACCGGAGCCAAGAGCCAGGUGGCCAUGGUGACCUGCUGGUAGGGGAAACCCACUGGGACAGCUCGCCUGGGAAACACCCCAAAGAUGAGGCUGAACCAGAGAUUGGAGCCCCUACAGCCAGUUUGGAUGCUAAAGGGGAAACUGAGCCAAACAACUUGUCCCUGAUGCAGCCCCUGGCCGGGCUGGGCUGCAGGGCUGAGCCUGCUCACGCUGCUGAGGAGCCAGGCCCCCUGCCCCAUGCAGGCACAGCCACCUGGGAGCUGGCCAUGCCAGGAGGGGACACUGGCACGGGGCUGGCAGAGCUGAGGGCUGAUGCCCUGGGCCAGGAGCAGCUCGGGAAAGGGAAAACACCUUAUCUGGGGAGGAGCACAGAUGGAGCCACAGAAGAGACCCAGACAUCCUACCAGCUAGACCCUGAGCAGCAUGGCAAGAGUGUGAACACCUUUGUGGCAGGGGCCUGCCAGCUGCAGAGCUCUGCCCCAGCAGCCCCACAACGCCUUCCCCAUCCCAAGCUGGGAGGGGACCCGGCUCUGGAGGCCCCAGGGCAGGUCCCCAAACUUGGGACUGAUUGUACCGAGGCUAGAGAGAGUGUGGAGGCCAAGCCAGCUUCACCCAGGAGGGGCAGCAGGAUCCCAGCCAGCAAGCUGACACCGAAGAGGCACAGAGAGUCCCCCAGGAAAGCAGCUGAGGAUGUGGAGAGGGGUCCCACGGAGCCGCCCCCACCCCGGGGUCCCACGGGCUGGGACAGCCCCGGCCUCAACUCUCUCAGUGGCAGCUCAGCGCUGCAGAAUUCACCGGUUCUCCCCAAGGGCUCUUACCAGUUUGACCCCAAUAACUUCGACUCCAUGGAUCCAUUCAAGCCCACCAAGACACUCUCCAGCACCGACGCUGACUCUUGCUCCACUGCAGAUAACAGCCUCAAUGAAAUCCUCGAGUCUCAGACACUGGAGAUGCAGGACGAUGCCCUGAAAGGCAGAGACUCCCCCAGGAAGCCCAAGUCACGCCUGAUAACGAGUGGCUGCAAGGUGAAGCAGCACGAGGCGCAGCCCCUGGCCCUGGACAUCAGCGCUCAGGAUGAAGGAGUGUUGAUCUCAGAAAUCCCAGCCAUUACAAACCGGGAUGGACGUGCCACUGAUGAGGAGAAGUUGGCCUCCACCACCUCCACGCAGAAACCAGCAGGGCUGGAGAAGAAGGCUGAGGCAGAAGAUGACCUGGAGUACUUUGAGUGCUCCAACGUCCCCGUGUCUGCAGGAAAGCACAGAGCAGAGGCAGGUUUUGAAAAGGAGAUCUGCAAGCAGAUGGAAAAGGGAGGGCCUGGCAUCUUCCCUGACAAUCCCGGGCUGUGCUCCAUGGACAAGUGCCCCAGCAUGAGCAGGAGCGAGAGUCCCCUGGCUGGCAUCUGCCUCAGCGAGUCUGAGAAGGCAGCUGUGCUCACACUCAUCAGAGAGGAGAUAAUCACCAAGGAGAUCGAGGCCAACGAGUGGAAGAAGAAAUACGAGGAGAGCCGGCAGGAAGUGCUGGAGAUGAGGAAAAUCGUGGCUGAGUAUGAAAAGACCAUUGCCCAGAUGAUAGAGGAUGAGCAGAGGACAAACAUGACAUCUCAGAAGAACCUGCAGCAGCUCACAAUGGAAAAGGACCAGGCUCUGGCAGACCUGAACUCGGUGGAGAGGUCCCUGUCAGAUCUGUUCAGGAGAUAUGAAAACCUGAAGGGUGUCCUGGAAGGAUUUAAGAAGGUCCUUACUUUGGUUUUCCCUUUCUCCCUGCAGCUCUGGUCCCUGGACACAGGGUUCCUGGGCAGUGACACCCACGUUUCUGUGCUGCUGAGCUCAAUAAGGAGCUCCAGCAUAAAGCAGACAUUGGGUUUUUUUGAAACCUUUUUUCUUACACUCAGAACAGUAUCUAUCAUCCUGUCAGAGCAAUGUCUUUGUGCCCAGUCCCAGUGCAGAUGGAUGUACUUUCUUUUCCAGAAUGAAGAAGCUCUGAAGAAAUGUGCUCAAGAUUAUCUAACCCGUGUCAAGCAGGAAGAGCAGCGGUAUCAGGCCCUGAAAAUCCACGCAGAAGAAAAAUUGGACAAAGCCAACGAGGAGAUCGCCCAGGUGCGCACCAAGGCCAAGGCGGAGAGCGCAGCGCUGCACGCGGGGCUGCGCAAGGAGCAGAUGAAGGUGGAGUCCCUGGAGAGAACCCUGCAGCAGAAGAACCAGGAGAUUGAGGAGCUGACCAAGAUCUGUGACGAGCUGAUAGCGAAACUGGGAAAGUCAGACUGAGCCUCAGCACCCCUCGCCCAGCACUCUGCACUUGGCUGCUUUUCUCGUGCCGUUAUCACCUUGCCUUACCCUGGAGUCCCUGCAGAAAAGCUCCCGUGUCCAGCUGCCCCUUUGCUGCUGGACCUGUGGCUCCUGAGCAGAGCCGCUCCCCUCACUGUCCCUGUCUGCUUCCCACAGCUCGGGGCUGGGAUCCCUGUGUCAGCCUGGGAAUCCUGUGGGAAUCCUGUGGUCAGCCUGGCCCGUGUGUCCCUCCCAGGGCCUGCAGCCCUGUCCCUCUGACCAGUGCCACCUCUUGGGUGGGAGGUGGCACACCUGGCUCUGUCCCCGUGGUUGGGCUGGGUCUAGUUGUGUCCCCACUGCACUCUGUCACUGGUUGUCCUCACGUGCUCAGCAGAACGGGUCCAGCCACGGACGUGGGUGAUGGCAGGGCUGGACCUGCUGGCUUUGUGCUGGGGAAGGGUGCCUGGCACAGGGAUGGCUGAUCUCUGGUUCCUGGUGAAGCACAGCACAGCCUCUCCCUGUCCCUGGCUGUGCCAUCUCUGCAUUCGUGCACUUUAUGAGCAUUUAUGGGCACUUGGGCUCUCUGCUCACUCUUUCCAGUCAGGCACGACACAGGGCACGAUGUGUUCCCCCAGAGCACUGAACAGUCACUUAACCUGCAGUAACUUCAGUCCUCUCAAGGCAGAGUCUGGGUGAGGGGAGGCAGGAUGAUUCUGCACCCAGAGGUAUUUGAGAAGCAGGGGAGAUGUUGGUUCUGGAGAGCUGGGACUGCCAUCCAUCCUCCCCGUGGCCACCCUGCCUGUGGCCCUGGUGCUGCACACAUGCAAACCCAGGGCUGGCUCUGUUGACUCCCUGUGCUACGGUGAGAUCUGGGCUCCAUUUCAGAGGCUGCAGGAGGAAGGAAGCGAAUCCUGAGCUGCCUUGUGGGUACUGCAGUAGCUGCAGUGGUGGAGGAUUCUCUGCCUUGAAUGGAUAGGUGUGAAAUAAGGGAAAUAUUUGCAGUUUGGACUGUUUCCUGCCCAGCCUGUUGAACACUUUCACAAACCUUUUUGCUGCUACCUUUUUGUAACAGAAUUGAGCUCUUUUCCUUCUAUUUUCUAAUUCCCUGUGUUGAGCAUGCAGAGCAAACACCUGUUUAAGCCAGAGCCAUAGACUUGAUUAUAUUUUAUUAGUUAUAUAAUAUGUGGAGAGUUUAUUCUACACUUAAGCCAAGGUGUCAGCAGCCUGCCCCAGCGCACAGCUUCCCAGCCUGUUCUCCAGGCCCCCAGUUAUCCCAGUGACAGACUGGUCACAGAAGCCAGUGGCUGACACCACUCAAAGCAGUGCACUUGUUGCUUGUGCUGGAUAUUCACCCUUUGCACAGUUGACAGAAAAGAAAAACCCUUUCCCCCCUUUCUUUUUAACUCCCUUGACCUCCCCACAUGUCCCCUCCUGGGCUGGUGAAAAAGUUUCAAUCAUAUGAUGGACGAGGACUAUUUCUGUUCCCCUUUGGGAGUCUGUGCAGGUAAAGCAAACCCCUGAGAGCCCGAGAUUUCUGGGGCAGUUGGCUUUUUCUCUGAGGAAGCAGUGCAGCAUUGCAUAAGCUCUCAGGGCUGGUGCUGGGCUGCUUCAGGGCUGGUUUGUGGCUGGGCACUGUGGCUCCCAGGUGGGCACUGUGGCAGCCCUCAGCCUUCUUUGCUCAGGCUGUGGUGCUCAUGGGCUGUCCUGGCUGAGGUCAGUCUCUCCUUGCGGCGUGGCUCUGGCCCUUGGAGCUGGUGGAUAAUUGCAGAGCUUUGGAUUUCACCCCUUGCCACUUCCCCAGAGCCCUGACCUGCACACAGCAGUCACUUUCCCCCGUGGGCUGGCUGCAGAGCACGGCUGCACCGUGAUGACCCCCGGGACACAGUCCUCCAUCCCUGUCCCUGUGCUCCUGUGCCCGUCUGUGUGUACCCAGCCUGGGCAAAGAGGAUUCCUACGGAAUGAUUUAUUAACUGUAAUAUGGUUAUAGUUCCCACUCUAUAAAUACAUGCAUAGUGGGUAUAGUUAUAUAAAAUAAAAGGCGUGUUUGCCAGCAGGCAGGACGGUUGCAUCUCGAGGUGAUGGUGGUGGUGUCACCGUGACUGGCACAGGGAAUAGCAGGUCCCUGUAGGUGGUGUCACAGCUGGGUGUGUUUGUCAUCUGUUCCUCACAAUAGACUUUAAAUGCCCUUUUGGCAGCAGCAGGCCCUGCCCCUGCUGCUGUGUUGCUGUCUGCAGUGUGUGUUUGCCAGCAGAUCUGUCUGUAACCAAGUGCCAACCAGUAACCCCCAACUACUGAUCCCUUCUCCCGUCCCUCCAGUGUGGCCUCCCCCAGGCAGGAGCUUCCUCUGCAUUGGCUCCUGCCUCUGCUUCCAGCCAUGUGUGUAACUGCCAUCACCAUCGGUUUUAUAUGUAUGAUAAUUUCCCUUUUAUAUGUCAGGUAAAUAUUUGUAAGAGUUAUACUCACACAAAUUAGAUUAUUAUAAUGAUUACUAAUAUAUUUUUUCCAUGUUUCAUUGCCUGAGUAAAAACUGUGUUUAUCACUCUGGAAA